AGAAAUCUUGAUGACAACAAAAUCGAAGGUGGAUUCUAUCUCCCAGGGACAGUAACAAAAAUGUAAGCUUAAGUUACUUAGCCUGGGUGAAAAACAUGCUGUCGCAAGUACAGCUUGUUCUAUUAAUAUGAUCCCAGGAUAGUCUAAGUACGUCAUUAAGUGAAUGAAUCCUGAAUUAACAUGACCCUAUGUACUAAGUUGAAAACUGGUAACUUGUCAGCCGAGCCCACUUAGAAAACACCCAACCUCGUUAGAUCGACACAUGCGCCCUCGAUACGGGUAGCUCAUACUGGUCAGUGGGUACUCUGUUUUGAGAGCUGUCCAUUGACAGGUUACAGGCUCCCACACUAGCUAGAAAGUGUGACAUUUCACAUUGGUUACCCUGUGAUGAGGGCGAACAGACUGACGUACGAUCACUUGACUAACAAAAUUUCUCGGAUGGAUGGAUAACCAGAUUUUCUUAGGUAUGGGGCUUCGCUCUCGCGCGCAAGGUGCUCGGCUAUAAAAAGACGUUAUGCAACUGAAAAGAUAUGUAUCGUUUUUCUUUUCAGCACGAUGCCCAACAAUAGGCUAUCCUUAGGAGGCUUGAAAACAAUCCUCUCAAACUCCAAACGCGUCAACUUCUUGUAAGUAUAGGUCAUCUGGCUGUUUCGAUGUAUAUGACAGUCUUAGGAAUUGGAUGGAAUUGACCGGGUAGAGAUUAUCUCGAUAUCUCUCUCUGUGCCACAUUUAAUGCUUCGACAGAAAUCCCUACCGCCAUUUUUGACUCAAUCUGCUCGACGAAAAAUAGUAAAGCAGCAUUUUUAGGAAUUUAAUAGUCAUAGUUAAGUCAAUCAAGGUCGACUUCUGAUUGUCUUAAAUUUAUUCUUUUUUCCUCUCAGUUCAUACAACAUCGCAGUAAAUAUAAGCAAUCAGUUACGUAAGAAAUCAUCGCAGUUGUGUACAUAUCUUAAGUAGCUGGAGACGUAAGGAAACGGAAUUCGGACCUAUGACCUUUAAGCUACAAAGCUACCUUUUAGCUAGUGCAUUGCUCUCACCAACUGAGCUAUGGAUCCUACACGGAACUCUCGAACUGGUCACCUUGUAGGUUCGUAAAUUACACGUCGUAUCUUUGCCUUCAUAUUAUGAAAGUGAAUCUAUGAAAUUUCACAUAUAACUCGGUAGGUAACACCACUGCAACGGUAUCGCAGAGGUUAUGGAGUCAAAUCCCUGUCAAGCCCGGAUUUUUAUUUCAGGCUUUCUUUUUGACGGCGAUUACCUUGCAAGUGUUGAACCAAGAUCUAUCCUCCCACAUUUAAGACAUGUGAGAUUUCAGAUAUUAUAUUGACUGUAGUUACAUUUAAUUUUUCAGAAAUAUAAUUGGAAAUCCAAUAGGGCCGAUCUUGACAGCUGAUACUUUCGCUGGUCUUGAAAUGAUGAGAGUGUUGUAAGUUGUUAGCAGCAAUUUAAAUUAAAAGAAAAAAAUAAACUUUUAAGUGUCUAAAAAUGCCUUUGCCAUUCAUCCACAUCAAAAAGGCAAAGACACUGAAGCAUUGCUAAGCAAAAACAGUAUAAUAAGCAAAUACUUUUCCAGAUUAUGUAGUAGAAAACUAGCUGUUUCUACUAUUAAAAUAAAAUCUGAUGCCGACUGUAAUCGAAAUGUUGUUUUCUCAAAAUGUUCACACAAGAGACAGUAAAGUGCAGCGGCCAAAGACGAAUCAUCAAAACAGUAAUCAAAGACUGAAGGAUUAGUAAAAAAAUUGCCUCACCUUCUAUGACAAAAGCCUGCUAAAAUGAAUCGCUUCUCCUUCUUCUGGUAGUAGUCCUGGAGGUUGUAGUUGAUUGUUUUUUAUGAGCCUGUUUACAUAAACAAAACACGAUACAACAAUUAGUUAGGAAUUAAAAUCAUCAUGACAGCUAAUCUAAGGUUGCAGUUAAAUGUCAAAAAGGUAAACCCAAAAAAACAAUUUGAGCUCUCCAAAUCUAGUGAGAAGUUCGACACCUUAACUGGUCUGAUAAGCUAUAGUAGUAAAAGAAAAAGAUUGACAUGCUGAUUGGUCUAUUUACGUCGGGUGGUACAAAAUACUCAACGGAUUUGCUACUGGCGGAAGUGAUCCCCUUUACUACUGAUUAUGUUUCAGAUAUAUCUCCAAUUGCAACCUGAAGUACAUCCAAAGUGGAACGUUUCGAGCCAUGAAAAACCUGACAAUGCUGUAA